AUGGUGCAGCGCCUGACUUACCGACGUAGGCUGUCCUACAACACCGCGUCCAACAAGACUAGACUGUCCCGGACGCCUGGUAACCGCAUUGUGUACCUGUACACAAAGAAGGUUGGCAAAGCCCCCAAAUCAUCUUGUGGCAUCUACCCAGGAAGACUGCGGGGAAUCCGGGCUGUGAGACCUCGGGUUCUCAUGAGGCUGUCUAAGACUAAAAAGCACGUCAACAGGGCUUACGGAGGCUCCAUGUGCGCUAAGAGUGUGCGUGACAGGAUCAAGCGUGCUUUCCUGAUUGAGGAGCAGAAGAUCGUCAUCAAGGUGCUCAAGGCACAAGCACAGAGCCAAAAGUCAAAGUAA